AUGGGGACUUCAACAACUGAUGCCUCUGCUGGAGGCGAGUCGAAGUCCCCAAAGCAAUCCAACAACUCUCCCCCGCGACCAGAUCCCUCGACCGACGCGAAGGCAACCGAUCCUCCCGUGAAAGCAGAGGCUGCGUCCAAUGCUGAACCAGCCAAACCACUUGCGCCUCCUCCUCGGCCCGGUCAACAACAAAGCAACAACACUCCCGACUACUUCGCUGCCCAAGUCGGCGGAUCCCUCAGUCUGGAGCCCAAUCCAUUCGAGCAGUCCUUCGGGGGCGCUCCUGAGACUCCAGGUGGAACCAAACUCCCCUCUGUCGCUGCAUUGACGUCACCAUCCUCUCUCCUGCCCGGAAGCAACGCAACACCGUUUAAUUGGGGAGGAGGAUCGUUGCGGACUGGACCUCUGAGUCCGGCGAUGCUUUCUGGCCCGGCCAGUGAUUAUUUCGGCGAUACUCAUCACCUCCGAGGCGGUUUCCCUACCCCCAACGAGUCCUCUCUGAGGACUGGCCUGACGCCUGGCGGGAGCGGUUCUAUGUUCCCUGCCCCCAGCCCUAACUCUCAGGCCCUUUUUGCGCAGCUCGCCAGUGGCGGAGCUACGCCCAGCACACUCGAUUUUCAUCGAACUGCUAUAAGCGCCGCUGCCAAGCGUGAGCAAACCAACGGUCCUCCACCACGAUCACAGAACCAACCCCAGCCCCCGCCUCCACCACAGCAACCUCCUUCUGUCACCUCGCAACCCCAAGAUAUGCCCAACGGUGCUCCCACUGUCAAGCCUGAGGCGAAACCCGCGUCGGGCCCCUUUGAUCCGCACGAUAACGACGCGGCGAAUGGUCUGUUUAUGCUGGCCCACGGUAGGAACGGCGCUCAGAACGCGAACCAAUUCGCUCCCACCUCGGGCGCUCCUGUCCACGCCCAUCCCGCGCCUGUCGUACCACAGAAUAUGAACACGUCCCCACAGAUGUCGAGCGUCAAUGGUGGCUCUGUCGGGUCUGGUCGUGGUGUUAGCGAGGGUAGCGUCGCGUCAGAUGAAAGCGAGCAGGCUAGACCCAACACGCGAGGCAAGGGCAAGAGGAACCCGCCUCCCACUAAUGGCCGACGAAAGGCGGAUGAGCCUCCAGUCAGGCCGCCCGCCAACAAGAAGACCAAGACCAACAACGCUGCUGCGAAUGGCAACAUGGACUACUCUGAUGAUGAAGCCAUGAAGCACGAGGAGGGUGGCUCCAAGUCCAAGAUGACAGACGAAGAGAAGCGAAAGAACUUUCUCGAGCGUAAUCGUGUUGCUGCCCUCAAGUGUCGCCAAAGGAAAAAGCAAUGGCUGGCCAAUCUGCAGACCAAGGUUGAGAUGUUCAGCACAGAGAAUGAUGCUUUGACGGCGCAGAUCAACCAGCUUCGAGAUGAAGUUGUCAACCUGAAGACGCUGCUUCUUGCCCACAAGGACUGUCCAGUCACUCAGCAACAGGGGCUUUCAGGUAGCUACAUAGCGCACAUGGAGCCGUUCCCUCAGCAGAUGAACCCGUACGGCAUGGCAGCGCCCAUCCCGAACCAACAGGUGAUGGCCGGCCAGGGUGUGCAGCGUCGCUUCUCAUAG